AUGCUGCAUCGUGCUGCAUGCCGCCCCAGUAUCGGCACCGGCCUCGGACUCGGCCGAUGCGCUGCUCGGGGCAACACCAUCAACGCCGCGCCGCGCUGGUCUCGUCCCUACUCAGCCGGAGGCCCGUCGAAGCCCUCCCGCACGCCCCAACUGAUCGGCCUAGCGCUGCUGUCCGCGGCAGGCGGCUAUGGUAUUGCCACGUGGCGUCGCGACGCCGGCAAUGCUGCCCCUGGUAGCAUCCCUAAGCUUGGAUCCGGCGCCAUCGAUAUAGACGCCUUGGUCAAAUCUCCUGUCGACAGUGGCAGCUUCGAGAAGGCCGACGCCAAAAUCCGUGAAGAUGUCUUUGUCGGUUCUUUUACGGCCGAGGGUAAGGACACUCACGUCCAUGCUGCUAGAGUCGCGAGCAACCACCCCGUCGAGGACAUGAUGGCAUUCUCCCUGGCUCCGGGCGUGGGCAAAUCCGAGACCUUGUUCAACGGCGUCUAUGACGGCCAUGCCGGAUGGGCGACAUCAGUCCUCUUGAAAAGUGCCCUCAUCCCUGCGGUCUCCGCCUCCAUCACCCAGCUUCCGAAAGACGCCCCAGAGAGCACCAUUGACGGUACAAUCAUCAAAGCAUUCACCAAUCUCGAUGAUCUCAUCUUUUCAAACGCGCAAAAGGCAGUUGAAGGCCUCAAAGCCGGUACCUGUGAGCCCGCCGACUCUCGUGUGACCGCUGCCAUCGCUCCCGUCAUCGCCGGUUCCUGCGCCCUUCUCUCCAUCUUCGAUCCUGCGACAUCGACCCUCCGCGUCGCUUGCACCGGCGACUCUCGCGCCGUCCUCGGUUCCCUCUCCGCAGAUGCCUCAUCUUACUCCACCACCGAGCUCUCCAAAGACCAAAACGGCCGCAACAAAGACGAAGCCGAGAGGCUCGCCAAGGAACACCCCGGCGAGGAGGCCGACAUGAUCGAUCCCAAGUCGGGCAGAUUGUUUGGCAUCGCUGUUACACGCGCCUUUGGCGACCACCGCUGGAAGUGGGAUAAUGACUUCAUCAAGCACAUCCACGAUAACUUCUGGGGCACGUCUCCGCGUCCAAAGACGAAAACCGCACCGUACAUGACCGCCGCGCCCGUCGUGACAACCACCAAGAUCGAGAGUCCCGGUUUCGUGAUCCUCGCCUCUGACGGCCUGUGGGACCACAUCUCGUCGGAACACGCAGUCGAGUGUGUGUCGCAGUGGAUAUCUGCCAAAAAGGCUGGAAAGCAGACGCCCAAGGAUAAGCUUGCUGCUACUCCCUCCCAGAAGAGCUCGUUCGACAUGGAGAACGGAUGGCCCAAUUGGAGCGCCAAGCCCGAGAAUUUUGUCGUUGAAGACCUGGAUAACGCCGCUGUGCAUCUGAUCAAGAACGCCCUCGGGGGCAGACGGCGGGCCUUGUUCACCGGCGCGACGCUGGCGUACCCCCCUUUGGCGAGGAACGUGAGGGACGAUGUCACCGUCCAGGUCAUCUUCUUCGAUGAUCCGGCCAAGUCCCACUGA